AUUCCCACCAAACCUACACCCGUCUCCUUUAUCCUCUCACGCACUUUUUUCCUCCACCAAAGGCUUACCCAAGCCAGAGCCAGAUACAGAGUGAGCGAGUGAGGUUCUCUAUUCUUGUCCCCUGUCCCUGAAAAUGGCCUGCUCUGCUGCCUCCACCACUCUCUUCUCCUCAAACCCUCGGGCUUUCUCCAUCAAUUCCGCCUCUCCCAUCUCCAAUUCCUUCUCUCAAUCCCUAAGCAUCCCCAAGUCCUUCAUCGGCCUCCGUAAACCCCUCCAAUCCCAUGCCCCUCGCUCCGUUUCGCUCACUCGCUGCUCCCGUUCUCGACGGAGCUUCGUCGUCAGGGCUUCCACCGACCUUCCAUUGGUUGGAAAUAUAGCACCAGAUUUCGAGGCGGAGGCUGUUUUUGAUCAAGAAUUCAUCAAGGUUAAACUCUCCGAAUAUAUUGGAAAGAAAUAUGUCAUUCUAUUUUUCUACCCAUUGGACUUCACAUUUGUUUGUCCUACAGAGAUCACUGCUUUCAGUGACCGCCAUGCAGAAUUUGAGAAGCUAAACACGGAAAUAUUGGGUGUCUCAAUUGACAGUGUGUUCUCUCACCUUGCAUGGGUCCAAACAGACAGAAAGUCAGGCGGGCUUGGUGAUCUGAAAUAUCCCCUGAUUUCUGAUGUCACCAAAUCAAUCUCCAAGUCCUAUGGUGUGCUAAUCCCAGAUCAGGGGAUAGCAUUGAGGGGACUUUUCAUCAUUGACAAGGAAGGAGUUAUACAACACUCCACCAUUAACAAUCUUGCCAUAGGUAGGAGUGUUGAUGAGACAAAGAGAACACUCCAGGCGUUGCAGUAUGUGCAGGAGAACCCCGAUGAAGUGUGCCCAGCUGGAUGGAAGCCAGGAGAGAAGUCCAUGAAGCCAGACCCCAAGCUCAGCAAGGAGUACUUCUCGGCAAUAUAGAGUGGAGCUACCAUUUAUGACCCCAGUUGCGCGUUUAUUUAAAUUCGGGAGGAGUAAAGGAGUUUUGUAUUUGUGUAAUAUCUAAUAACUUCUCGUGAAUUUUGAGCGGUUGAUUGCACGAAUAAAUUUGGGACUUGAACCUGUUUUUCGGAAUAUAUUGAUGUAGCAAAGUACUCUAUUA